ACAGAUCUAAUUAGCCAUCUUUAUAUAAGUCAAUGCUUUGCUUGGUAAACGCGGUAACCCAACAAAUAUCCCAGUUUCCUACUUUCCGAUCCGUAACCGCUUUUAGUAGGCAUUCAAUAAUUUGAUGGCAGAAAGAAAUAGUGACUUGAAGCUUUUGAGUGCGUGGUACAGUCCAAUGGCCACAAGGGCCAAGAUCGCACUUAACAUCAAAGGAUUGGAAUAUGAGAACAUUGAAGAGGACUUGAACUCCAAAAGUGAUCUUCUUCUUCGUUCCAAUCCUGUGCACAAGAAAAUCCCAGUUCUAAUUCAUGGUGACAAACCCAUAUGUGAAUCCUUAAUCAUACUUCAAUAUAUUGAUGAGGUUUGGUCCAAUGGUCCUUCUAUUCUUCCUCGAGAUGCUUAUGACAGAGCAAUUGCUAGAUUCUGGGUUUCCUAUAUUGAUGAAAAGUUAUUUGUUUGCACGAAGAGCAUUUUAGAAGCUGGUGAAGAUGUAGAAAAAAAGAAGCCACACUUUGAGCAAUUGGAGGAAGAAAUACUUGUGAGGUUGGAAGAGGCAUUCAACAAAUACAGUGAAGGAGAGUCGUUCUUUGGAGGGAACAAGAUUGGACUCAUUGACAUUAUGUUUGGGAGCUUCUUGCCUGUUCUUGGUCUGAUAGAAGAGAUUAAUGGAAAGAAGGUACUUGUAGAUGACAAGUUCCCGAGGUUGGUGAAUUGGGCUGCCAAUUUCACUGCGAAUUCGGCUGUGACCGGAACUCUUCCUGAGAUUGACAGGCUUAUUUUAUUUGCCAAGGCUCAACAGCAAAAAUGGGCUCUCGCUUAUAAAGCUACCUCUGCCAACUAAAAGUUUAUUGGAAUUCGUAUGGAGAUUUAUUUUCUCUCCUUUGUUUGAAUAUUAUAUGUUUCUGUGGUGGUUUCUUUCUAUGUAUAUUUGGUGUAUGUGGGAGAUGAUAUUGUACAACAUUCAAUGGAAUACAUAUUAAAGACAACUAUAUGCAAAUUAGAAAAGUUUAGGGCCAAUUGGUUUUGGCUAUUUUUAUUUUCAUUUUCAAUGAAAAUAUAAAUAAAAUAUAAAAAUAUGUUUGGUUGAA